AUGUUAAAGAAUAUCCGGUUUGCGUUCAAUUCAAUAGCAGAAUCAAAUGCUAUUCGAAUCAAUAGAUUAAAUAGAAGUAUUUUAUUGCCAAAUAGAAUUUGUACAAAUAUUCACAGAUGUAAGAAAACAGAUCCAUCAGCACUAUCCUCGUUGUUUAAGCCUGUGCCUGUUGAAAUUAGAUUAUCGCAAGAUGAUAUUAAUGUGGGAGCAGAGAUUACAGGUGUUUCAGUCGACAAAUCCGAAAUUAUGAAAAUUCUCAAUAAAUUUGCACAAAGACGGGAAAUAAGAAUGUUGUGCCUUGAAAAUGGACUUGACAACGUCCUACAACAGCAAGCAUUCGCUAGUUUCCGUCGAUAUUGUCGAGAUACAGAAAAUCUUCCAGUAGAUCUGCAUAUUGUAUUUAGUGAUAUAUUCCAAAAUGCUGGGCAUGUCGAUGAUAUAUUUCCAUACUUCCUUAGACAUGCAAAGCAAAUUUUUCCACAUCUUGACUGUAUGGACGAUUUAAAGAAGAUUUCAGAUUUGAGAGAACCGGCAAAUUGGUAUCCAGCAGCAAGAGCUAUAAACAGAAAGAUCGUUUUCCAUGCAGGACCUACGAAUUCAGGCAAGACAUAUCAUGCAAUGGAAAGAUUUUUAUCAGCUAAAUCUGGUGUUUAUUGUGGCCCAUUAAAACUUUUGGCUACAGAAGUUUAUCAUAAAAGCAACAAGAGAGGAACUCCUUGUGAUCUAGUGACUGGAGAAGAGCGCAGCUUUGCAAUAAACGCAGACACACCAGCAGCACAUGUUGCCUGUACUGUAGAAAUGACUUCCUUAACUAUGCCUUACGAAAUUGCAAUUAUUGAUGAAAUCCAACAAAUCAAAGAUCCACAAAGAGGCUGGGCAUGGACAAGAGCCUUACUUGGACUGAUUGCUGAAGAAAUUCACGUUUGUGGUGAGGCUGGAUCUUAUGAAUUACUUAAAAGGUUGUGUGAAACGACUGGAGAGGAACUAGAAGUGCGACAUUAUAAAAGACUUACAGAGUUGACUGUGGAAAAUAAAGCUCUGACGUCACUCAAUAAUGUACAGCCUGGAGAUUGUAUUGUAUGCUUUAGUAAGAAUGACAUUUACACAGUAUCGAAAGAAAUUGAAGCUCGAGGAAAGGAAGUGGCAGUAAUUUAUGGAACUUUACCACCAGGCACAAAAUUAGCACAAGCAGCCAAAUUUAAUGAUCCAAAUAAUAGCUGUAAAAUUAUGGUAGCAACAGAUGCCAUUGGCAUGGGCUUAAAUUUAAGUAUUCGUCGAAUAAUUUUUUAUUCCCUCAUAAAACCGUCAAUGAAUGAAAAAGGCGAGCGUGAAAUGGACACAAUUUCUAUAUCGUCAGCAUUACAAAUUGCAGGGCGUGCUGGAAGGUACGGAACUCAGUGGGAAGAAGGAUUUGUGACUACUUUUAGACCAGAAGAUUUGCAUACAUUAACUGGACUGUUGAAAAAGAAUCCUGAGCCAUUGACACAAGCUGGACUUCAUCCAACGGCUGAUCAAAUUGAACUUUAUGCUUAUCAUCUGCCUAAUUCUACUUUGAGUAAUUUAAUGGACAUUUUCGUAACAAUGAGUACAGUUGAUGAAGGACUAUACUUCAUGUGCAAUACAGAAGACUUUAAAUUCUUAGCAGAAAUGAUUCAGCAUGUGCCACUAGCAUUAAGAGCUCGAUAUAUAUUUUGCUGUGCACCAAUCAAUAGAAAAAUGCCUUUUGUGUGUUCAAUGUUCUUAAAGUUCGCUAGACAAUACAGCCGUAAUGAACCAGUUACAUUUAAUUGGCUAUGCACACAAACUGGCUGGCCUUUUUCAUUGCCUCGAACAAUCCUCGAUUUAGUUCAUUUGGAAGCUGUUUUUGAUGUGCUGGAUCUUUAUUUGUGGUUUAGUUAUCGCUUUAUGGACGUUUUUCCAGAAGCAAUUUUAGUUCGUGACAUACAGAAAGAAUUGGACGAGAUUAUUCAACAAGGAGUCAUUCAGAUCACAAAAUUAUUGCAGAAUUCAGAAUCAGCAAUUUCAUCGAAUCAGCCGGAUGAAGAUUCAUUUGUUUUGAGCCAAAAUAAGGAACAUGCUAUUAGAGACAACAAAUUUUCAAGUCCAUUACGAGGACGAUUAACCGAAAGACUGCUUGCUCAAGGACUUUUAACUCCAGCUAUGCUACAGGAAUUAAAGAAAGAAUGGAAUGCAAAUAACACGAAUAAUUCAAGCCAUAGUGACGAUGAUGACGAUUCGCCGUUCUCGAAAAAGCAUCGACGGAGAAAAUUUAAAAAGUUUUAG